UGGCAACCGCAAGCUUCCAUCUUUGAUUGUGCGACGGGCCACGGCGAGAGCGGGGCCUCACUCACCUUAGAAAGAACGCUCUUGCUCCGGCUAACGGGCGUGGAGGAACCCAACUGCCGAACGGCUCCUACCAGCGAAGGCCAAACCGACACGGGGCCGUUUGUCAGCGCCGUUUUAGUGGCUAACCUGACCAUCGCCACCCGGAGCUGGGGGGGGGAAAGGUUAGCAUAAAGCUAGCCAGCUUUGUAAUCCGCCGGCUAGACGCUGAAACUCCACCGCCGCGCUACAAUCUCCAAUUUAAGGAUUCCGACGCCGAGAAAAAAAGGAUAAAGAACGCACCGACCCUGGCAGGAGCUGGUUCUGGGGCGAGGCCAAAGGACCAGACUCAAUGAGUGUCCAGCGAAAUGUCCGAGAAGUCAGGGCAAAGCACCAAGGCAAAGGAUGGCAAAACAAAGUAUGCGACCCUUAGCCUCUUCAACACCUACAAAGGCAAAUCUUUGGAAACCCAAAAAACUGCAGUCGCUGCCAGACAUGGACUGCAGAGUUUGGGCAAAGUUGCGUCCAGCAGGCGUAUGCCCCCUCCGGCCAACCUGCCCAGCUUGAAAGCCGAGAACAAGGGAAACGACCCAAACGUUAACAUCGUCCCCAAAGACGGUAGCGGCUGGGCGUCCCGAAACGAGGGAGGAGAGGAAAGGCAACAAGAGACACCCCCACCACAGAUCAAACCAGCAGUGCUUCCGCCUCAAGAGAUUCCAGCUGGGCCUAGCCGUUCUUGGGCUAACAGCAAGCAAACACAAAUAGACGGAGCGCCUCGUGUGAGCAGCCAAUUCCACCAGGAAUUCCCCAGCUUGCAGGCGUCUGGCGAUGGAGAGAAAGAUGGACAAGAGGAGGAGCCUUACGGACCAGGCCCCAGCCUCAGACCUCAAAAUGUUGGCAGUUGGCGGGAAGGUGGAGGGAGGAAUUUGAACGCGGCAUCCAGCCCCUCUGCGAUGGACAGCAGGCCGCCAGAGGAGGGAAGCGCCGAUACCUCCGCCCCGCCUGAGGAAGGUGACGAGGCUGGCCGAAACCUGACCGCUGACAGCCAGAAAGAGAAGAGGGACGGCAAGGAGAAGAUGCCGCCCUCGGGGCCUUCUCAGCCAAAGCUUAACGGGGGACAGCAACCGCCUGCUGGGGUGCCCCCCCACUUUGACCCCACGUUCAGAAGCAUGAUGCCAUCCUAUAUGUUUCACGCCUAUCCUCAAAUGUCAUACAGCCAAAAGCAAGGAACCCUCCGAUUCCCCGUGGCACAAGAUGGAGCAAAGGGUCCUCCUCGCUUAGCACGGCCCCAGCAGCCUCCUCCUCAGUCGUGGAUCCAGGAUCCAGAUCGACCUUCCAUUAUUAGCGCGACAGAACUCAAAGAGCUGGACAACUUGGACACGGAUACUGAUGAGGGCUGGGCAGGAGCUCAGAUGGAGGUGGACUACACUGAGAAGCUGAACUUUAGUGAUGAUGAGGAGAACCAUGCUAAUAAAGAGAAGGGAGAAAACUGGGAGUGGAUGGGUAAAGUGGAACGUAUGAGAUCGCGGCCGCCAGAUGGUCAGGAGGCCUCGAAGGAGGGUUCCGAGGAGCAAGGAGCUGUUAAAACAUCAUGGGCGGACAGUGUAGAUCCCAGAGUGCCUUCUCCUGGCAUUGUGGGGCAGUACAACAAAGUGUCUGCCCCUCAAGACUACCAGGGUGGUGCUCGAACGGUGAGCGGCGAAGCUCCACGUGGCACCAAACCACUGGCUACACCAGUUGCUGCUGCCGAGGAGGACUCUGAGGCCUGGCGACAGAAGCGCAAGAAAUCUGAGGUUUCUGAAGCUGUGGAACGCGCAAGGAGGCGGCGAGAAGAAGAGGAGCGGAGGAUGGAAGAACAACGCCUCGCUGCCUGUGCUGAGAAACUCAAACGGCUCAAUGAAAAACAUCGGCAGUCAGUUGAGAGCAAAGCAGUCCCGCCUCAGGCCCCUUGCAACGAGGGCCUCGCAAGUGUCUCUCCACAAGAGGAAGCUCCGUCUGUGCCUGAUCCUGCGUCAAGUCCUGCACCUUCAAUUCCAGUUUUACAGCCAGAGCCCUCUGGAGUGCAGACUCCUCUAGCCACUCCAGUAGACGAGAGGGCGGAUCGAGACAGUGAGAGAAUCAAUCUAGAGCCAGUCGAACCAAGCGUAGAGGAGGAGCUUCCCUUGCCUCAUCGGCCCCCGUCCCCUGUACAUAGGCCUGUGGUGACUGCUCCUGAGCUCCCGAGCGAAGGAGCGAUCACUUUGUCUGAGGUCUGUCCACUCGUCGAUGAGAACCAAACUGAAAGGACAACGGUGCCUAUCCGAGACUAUUUCAACAUGGAGGACAAUAGAGUGGAUGAACCGCAGCAGUCCCUGCCUCAUAUGGACACCCCCAGUGGUGGUGAAGAUAUUGCCAUCGCACCCCCACAGCUGGAGGGUGAGGCAGCCGCUGCUAUGCGUCCUUCCCUCACCUCCGGCUACUCAAAGCAGUUUCAAAAAUCUCUACCGCCGCGUUUCCUCAGACAACAGGAACAAAUGAAGCAGCAGCAGUGGCAUCAGCAGCAGCAUCAGCAGCAAAGCGGGGGUUCCGUGUCGCCAUCGGGUAGUAGAGUCGAUGGUACGCCACAAAACCAACAGCAGCAGCAACAUCGCUCAAUGUAUCAACCCAUCGGCCCGCAUCACCAACACCUAGCCUCCAUGGGCUUUGACCCCCGCUGGCUCAUGAUGCAGCCCUACAUGGACCCCCGCAUGAUGUCAGGGCGUCCUCCCAUGGAUAUGCCAACAAACAUUCACCCUGGGAGGAUGCCGCCCAAGCAGAUUGCACGCAGAGAGCCCGGGGACAACUCCAGCUCCAGCUCCGAUUCAUUUGACCACUUGGCUCGACCCAUCCGUGACCAUGGCCUGCCCUCUGACUCGAGGAUGGUGUGGGGAUCUGACCCGUACUCGCCAUCCGAGCCGUUGCCCCCUGUAACUCCUCCUAAAGUGCGGGAUGACAUCAAAGAGCCAAGGAUGGAGUCUGCUUUAGAUCUGGACAGAGGUCUCCCAGCAAUUUAUCCCCAGGAACACAGUGCAUUGGACUCUCGUAAAAAUAACUUCUUUCGGGACCCCCCUGAGCCCAUAACAGCCUUUUCACAGGGCCCAGAUGAUGUGCCUGGACCUAUAGACAGAGUUCCUGUUACCUCAGGCUUCGACCCUGAUGAGGCAGGACUACCAAGUGGGGAGGAAGUAGAAGCACUCGGCAAAGCUAUGCUGCAGAGAAGUGUCUCCCAGGGUUCCUGCCACUCUCUCAAGCUUGACGAGCCCAGGUUUGAUGGGCUGCCACUGGGAAGCAAAGCACUAGAGCUGCAUGACCCCAUUGACAGGGCCGAUGAUAAGCCUCAGAACGAACUGUACCCACAGGUCGCAUUUACUGGCAGCAGGGCCACCCCACCAGCCGACGGACUACACAAACAAGAAAAGCUGCCUCUACCCGUUCCUAGCAAGCAGAAGACCGAGCUACGGUGGGGUGGAAGAUCGGGACCAGGCCGCAGAGAAGGACCCGGCGGGGAGAGACCCCUCCGAAGGUCUGGUCCGAUAAAAAAGCCUGUUCUAAGAGACAUGAAAGAAGAGCGAGAGCAAAGAGAAGAGAGGGAGAAGCGUCAUGAGAGAGGAGAUAGAGGGGAUAGGACCAAAAAGGAGCAAUCCUCCAAAGCUCCCUCUGUGGCUGCUGCAGCUGCUCCACCUGCUCCUGAAGGCUCCAGACCACCAGCCGAGGGUAAAAGAGAAGCUACUGAGGUUGAGGAAAUGCCAGCUGGUCUCCCUAAACCCAGAGAGCCCCAAACUUCCUCCGGGGCUCCCACCUCGUCCUCUCAGGAGGAGAAGGCCGACAAACCACCCAGCAGUGACAAACAUUCUGAGCCUAAACUGCCCUCCAGAAAAGAGUCACAUCUUGCUCUGCGUACCUACCGAAGAGAAGAGAGGGAGCGGGACCGCGAGAGGGACAAAGAAAUGGACAAGGACAGGGACAGGGACAGGGACAGGGAGUGGCCUGUUGAUUCUAACUUCAAAAGUCGAGGUCGAGGAGAGUAUUACUCCAGAGGGCGUAGCUUCCGUGGGACAUACGGCGGCCGAGGCAGGGGUGGUCGUGGCCGAAGCCGAGAGUACCCUCUCCGAGAACCUCGAUCCCGCUCAGAUUUACCUCCCGGUGCAGCUGCGGCCUUCCGGAACAGGGAGGAAAGCGAGACUCGCAGCGAGAGCUCCGACUUCGAGGUUAUACCAAAACGUCGACGCCGCCGGGGCUCGGACACGGAUUCUGAAAGUGAGGGCGGUAGAGAGUCUGCAAGUGAUACCGGACCUUCAGAUCGCGAGCCUAGCGCCAAACCUAGCCGUCCGAUUAGACGUGAGCUCCCUGGCGAGGCCCGGUCAGGCAUGCACAAGCCAGGCUUUGGACCGCCUCACAUGGGUGAAAAGAUGGGCUCAAGAAUGGAUGAUGACCGACCCAAACCAGGAUUUCUUCCGAAAGGAGAGCCUUCUCGCAGGGGAAGAGGAGGAUUGUAUAGCAGACGGGGUGUAGCUAGGGAACGAGGAGGCCCUCGCUCGGCUCCUCUGAGAAGACCAGCACCGAGAGAUUCCUCCUCUCAGUGGCCUUCUAAGCCUAUGGAGACGUUCAGACCCGAGGACAUGGAGUCCACAUCGCGAUAUGAUCAUCCGCUGUCUGAGCGUCGGCCACCGAGGUCUGACAACAAGAAAUUUGUGGACGGUGCUCCUCAGAGUAGUAGAGAGAGACCCCGCCGUGCUAGGCCAGCAAGACCCCCCAGGCAAGAUAAGCCCCCCCGCUUCCGGCGGCUGAAGGAACGGGAGGCUGCGGUUCUAACAAGUGGAGAUCCAGCUCCAAACCACACUGUGCCUCUACAUCCUGCGCCCUCUCCUGCUAGUGCUGCAUGCUCCAUGUCUGCACCUGUAUCUGUCUCACCCACUUUAUCGCGAGCACCCGGAACCCCUCUGACCGUUUCUGCUGAAGCCACAGCAUCUGCGCCCAACCACUCCUCUCCUCUUGAAGCACCCUUUACUGAGGCUACCAGCCCUACCGCCACUGCCGCCGGCACCAAAUCCCCUGACUUGUCCAACCAGAAUUCCUCUGAUCAAGCCAAUGAGGAAUGGGAGACGGCCUCCGAGAGCAGUGACUUCAACGAAAGGAGAGAGCGUGAGGAGAGGCGGGGGGCGCAGGCCGCUACCAGUGAAGCCGCCACCGCGAUGCCCGCACCACCUCAGGGCUCUCUGACACCCAACAAAAGCCCCCCUGAAGGAGUGGUUUCCCCAAAACGCGAGGUAGUGGCCGGAGGCAAAAGGAGUUUCUCAAGCCAGAGGCCCAUCGAGAGGCAGAAUCGCAGAGGCAACAGUGGAGCCAAACCAGGUCGCAGCUAUGCCGGGGCAAAGGGGGAGAGGAGGGGAGGAGCCAAAGGUGGUCGUAAAGGCCCUGCCUCUCAGCAAAAUGAAAUGGCACCAUCCGCCGGGGGGUCUCAAAGACUUUCUAAAGAUCAGUCUGCACGACGCAGAGACGACGCCAAGCAUGCGGUUAAGAAGCCCAAAGAGAAUGCUCUGUCUCAGUUUGACCUCAACAACUAUGCCAGCGUCGUAAUUAUCGACGAUCACCCCGAGGUCACAACCACAGAUGACCCACAGUCCAGCACCAACGAUGAUGGCUUCACAGAGGUGGUCUCACGGAAACAGCAGAAACGUCUCCAAGAUGAGGAGAAACGUAAAAAAGAGGAGCAAACCACUCAGGGUUGGGGUAAAAAAGGCUCUGGUGACAAGAACAGAGGUGGUGGCGGAAAGCUGCCUCCAAGAUUUGCUAAAAAGCAAUCGUCCCAACAGCAGCAGCAACAUCAAGCCUCUUCCCAAUCUCAGCCUCCAGCAGCACCAGCCCCUCAAGUCCAACAGCCACCGCCCGCUAUUUCUGCCCCGCAGCAUCCCCACCUUGCCCCCACCCAGCCUUCUCCCCCUUCCCCUCAAACCUUAGAAGUAACGACACAGCCCUCCAUCUCGCCGGCCUCCGUGGACUUUACCACAAAGAGUUCGCCUGCCGCAGCGGCGCAGACGCACGGCAGCUUGGGCACGGAGUUGUGGGAGAAGAAAGUCGCAGGCCCCACCGUCCUCGCUGAAGUCAAGAAGCUUGGUCCAAUCAGCCCUCCUCAGCCACCUUCUGUGAGUGCCUGGAACAAACCUCUGACCUCCUUUACUGGCACAGUCUCCUCUGAGGGUGGUAAACCUGGAGCGGAGGGCAGCGUUGAACUGCCAAUUGAUAGUAUUCAGUUUGGGGCGCCAUCGUCCGCUGGCAGCACUGACAGCGAUGGCGUACCAGCCAUGUUGGAGACCACCACAGAUAACAAGCUUCCUGCUCCUAAAGAACAGCGCCAGAAACAACCUCGUGCUGGGCCGAUCAAAACCCAGAAGCUUCCUGACAUGGAGCCAGUGGAAACCAAGGAGUACAAGCCAGGUCCCAUUGGUAAGGAGCGCUACUUGAAGAACCGCAAGGCUAAAGACGCCCGCGGAGGUGAAAGCGAAGGUAUUGAGGGCGCGGGGUCUGGAGUCGUCGUCAGCCGGGCCACUGAAUCCAGUCCUACUGCCAGCGACGCUGCUGUGACCGAGCUGGGCGGGGACAUUGAGGGCAUGAUCACUGUCCCCUCCGCAGAGUACACCAGCAACACCAAGGAGUCCGUCACAGACUACACCACGCCUUCGUCCUCUCUCGCAGACAGUGUUCCCACGGGAAGCAAUAAAAUGGAGGAGAGUCUGGUAGCCAAUGUGUCACUACCGCACUCGUUGCCUCUUCCUCGACGAGAGACCCUACAGCAGACCUCCUCUCUCAGUACAGUCUCCCCAGCCACUGUUGACCUAACACUAAAGAUGGAAUCUGCUCGCAAAGCCUGGGAGAACUCGCCGAGUUUGGAGAAAAACUCCCCGGUCACCUCUUCCUCUUCCCCCAUCACAUCCUGCGCAUCCUCAUACUCCUUCUCCUCGGCGUCCAUGUCCCAGAUCCCAGUAGCAUCCGUUACGCCCAGCACCUCGCUAUCAGGUUCAGGCACUUACACGACGUCGUCCCUCGGCACCAAAACCACCACAGCCUCUGACCCGCCCAACAUCUGCAAGGUGAAGCCCCAGCAGCUCCAGGGCGGAAGCCUGGCCUCGUCCGGCGGCAGCAGUAGCAGCGGCUUCUCCCAGCUGGGCUGUGUGCCCCCACUGUUGCCUCAGCAGCAGCAGACCCCGCAGGUGUACGUCUCCCAGUCUGCAGCAGGUUCUGCAGCUCAGAUUCCGGCCUUCUACAUGGACACUAGCCAUCUCUUCAGCACCCCCCACCCUCGCUUGGCUCCUCCCUCUUUGGCGCAGCAGCAAGGCUUCCAGCCAGGCCUCUCACAGCCAACAGCUGUGCAGCAGAUUCCCAUUCCGAUCUACGCUCCCCUGCAAAGCCAGCCUCAGCACCAACACACACACCAGGCGCAACUCGGACUCGGCACCGGCCCACCGGUCUCGCAGCCACAGGACCUUUUCAGCUCCGCACUGCAGCCUUACAGGUCUCAGCAGGCGUUCAUGCAGAGCAGCCUGUCACAGCCGUCCAUGAUGCUGUCAGGACCCUCCCUGCACAGCUAUCCCGGCGUGCAGGGCCCGGAGCUAGGAAAACCUCAAUCCAGUCUGGCCUACCAGCAGCCCUCGUCCACCCAGCACAUCCCCAUCUUAUUUGAGCCACAGCUGAAUCAGCCUUCUGGCAUGGGGGGCUCCCAGCUCAUUGACACCCACCUGCUGCAGGCUCGACAGGGGAUGAAUCAGCAUUCAAACAUGUACUCGGGGCAAGUGCAGCAACAUGGCCAGAGUAGUUACUACAGCAACACCCAGUCCCCUUCCUCUGCAAUGCAACAGGUGACGGUCCCCCUGCCUGGCUCCCAACUCUCUUUGGCCAACUUUGGUUCAGGCGGAGGUCAGCCCCUCCUGGCAAUGCCUCCCAACCCUAACCAGGGGCAGCCCCCCAACAUCAACCGACAGCCUUCCGUUUCCCAGGCGUACCGAAGCCUCAUGGGUCCCAACCACAGCAUGAUGCAGCCUCCCACCAGCAAGAUGGACAUGGACCUGAAACUCUUUGGCGGUGGGAUGGACAUGAAGCCCGGAACGCCUCCAGUCAGCGGCAGGAGCACGACGCCCACAUCUAGCCCUUACAGGGCCAGCUCCACCUCCCCCAGCAGCCAGUCUGCAAAGAUGAACACCAUGUUGUACCAGAAGCAUUUUCAGGCCAACUCUGGCAGCAUGAGAAUGACUCAGCACUUCCCUGGCCAGUUCAACCCGCAGCUUCUGUCCCAAACCAACUUGGUUUCUCCUCUGGUGAGAGCGCCUCACGCCAACUCCUUUACCGGAGGGGUCCAGCGCUCGGCCAUGGGGCCUCCGAUGACGGCCAACAUGGGCGGCGGCGGCGGCCUGAUGCCCCACCCAAGACCUCAGCAGCACCUGCAGCACAGCCAGCACCCUCCCCGAGGGCCCGGCGGCCCCCCUAUGCCGCCCAGAGGCAUGCAGGCCGCGCUGAAGGCUGAGCAAGACCUAAAGGCUAAACAGCGGGCCGAGGUUCUGCAGUCCACUCACCGGUUCUUCUCGGAGCAGCAGCAACUCAAGGCCCCGCAAGCCAGCAAGGUAAUCAAGCCCCCGCUGGACGUUCCGCCACCCAACCACCAAGGGGGAAGCGAGCGCCCCGACGCAGACAAGCCGCCCAUCUCCUCGGCCAAGCCCAUACGGACCGGGCCCAUCAAACCGCAGGCCAUCAAGCCAGAGGAGGGCAAGUAGGGAACAGACGGGAGAAUCCAGCCACUCAAUCACCGCCUCUUAUCAGCUCUGUGUACGUGUAUGUCGGGCGGGGUCAGGGCGGUUGCAGCCGUUAGACUCAGCUCCCUUUGUUCUUUUUUCGGAAAUGGGCUGCUCAAGUUGCUCCAUAGAAACAUCUACAGUGACGGUAGAUAAAGAGAAUCGAAAUGAGAUUUGCUGCUGAGUUCUUGUUUUUUAUAGCUCAUUUGAGUUCAGCUCCUUUUUUUUUAAACAUGUAUUUUUUUUUUUUGCUCUAAAUAGGAUCACUUUUGACCUGUUUGGUUGACGAAAGAAUCUAUCCUUUUUGUUUUUUGUAGUCCAAACAAUCCUGUUAAGGGUACACGGUUCACAUAAUCCCGAGAUUUUUGUGUGCUUUCACUUGACUGUUUCACAUUCACACACAAAUAUCCCCACCGCCCGUGCUAAGGCUACAAAACGUCAAAUCCUUUCUUUUUUUUUUUUUUGUGAAAGAUGCAGCAGUUGAUUUGAAUGGCGAUGACUGAUAUGUCGUUUUAGUGAGCGUUUGUUCCUGCCUUCCGCUCUCACUCUUUUUCCCUUACCUGUGUGCAAUGUGUGUGUGUGAGAGGUGUUCAAGUGGGCUCACACCUGUAUUAUUUAGCCAAAGGUUAAAGAAAACGUAGGGAUGAAGUCGUUUAGGAUUGCGGAUUGAUCUCGCACACACACUCGCAUACACACUUUUACUUUCAAGCAGCCGAACCUGCGACUCGUGUCUGAUAUCAGUGCCCAUAGCUGGAUUUGAGGCCGUUGAACCCAUGCAACAAAAACAUGGCUUAGAAGGAGCUGAAAUGUGAAUUAUGCAGCAUGUAUGGGCAGAUGGACACUUCCUGUUUCUCGUUCGUUUUUUUUUUAUUACUGAUGAGGGCAAUCAGUGCUGUUUCUUAUCUCUGCCAUCGCCUCUCAAACAACCAACCAACUACGCUCUCAUCUCUGGCUUGUGGACGCUCCUUCGGUGAGUCGACUGAAUUGGAGCUCUUUUCAUUUUGGAGAGGAUGGAUGAGGGGAAGGAGAGUGAGGAUUUUUCUUUUGUUUUGUUGUACUUGUACAGGGGUUACAUCGCUGUAUUAAAAUAUGUACGGUCUUAUUUACAUUCUCCUGGUUUGGUUACAGAAACUAAUAAAAAAUAAUAUACAGUU